AACGGUUGCACACGGACACCCUGUGGUGAUGGUGGGUAUGGCUGUAUCCGUCUCAUCCGGCACACAUAUACAAGAGCUGCGUUCACUGAGUUGCCAUUCCGAGAGUGACCAGUGAUGAAUGCUGAGGGUCUUCCGUUUUUUGAAGGAAGAUUUCAGAAACAGCCGUUUUUUCGAUUUUCGAUUCCACUUACUCCUUUUGUUUUUUGUGAUUUGCACUUCUGUUUUCUAGAGAAUAGUGUAUUUACAGUCAUGCAAGGUGCUGCUUUAUUAUAGUUUACAACCUAAAAAUCAAGUUUGUACUUUUUUUAUUUACAACAAACUUGUUCAGAUAUUUUUACCCGCUUAAAUUAUCUAUUCCAGUGAUUGCACGGCUCUUCAUCGUCUCUAUACCAUUCCUCCAACGCCGAGAAAGUGUUUACUGAUGAAGGAAACGAAUGGCACGACCCCUUCUGCGACCAGUUCAUAUUGAAACCAGUUAAAAUCCCCACAGUCAGUGUGACAUUGCCCUCUCUGGUCCGCAGCUCGUCCGGAUGAUCUCUGCAGCGACCGCAUGACUCCAGGAGCCUGACGCACCGGCGGACCCAGCGGACACGCACACGAGACCAUGGAAUUAACAUCAAAUGAUAGUGACUUCUGGCAAUUCAACGAAACGUGGCGGAACUCCAGCCUCGGCCAUGUGGCCCCUAAGUUAAACCAAACGAACCCUUUGAAGCGCAACGAAGAGGUGGCCAAGGUGGAGGUGACCGUGCUCGCCCUGGUGCUCCUGCUGGCGCUGAUCGGGAACCUGUGCGUCCUGCUGGCCAUCCACACCACCAAGCACAGCAAGUCGCGCAUGUACUACUUCAUGAAGCACCUCAGCAUCGCCGAUCUGGUGGUCGCGAUCUUCCAAGUUCUCCCUCAACUCAUCUGGGACAUUACUUUCCGCUUCUACGGACCUGACAUUCUGUGCAGACUGGUCAAGUACUUCCAGGUGGUCGGGAUGUUUGCGUCCACCUACAUGUUAGUGUUGAUGUCCAUAGACAGGUGCCUGGCCAUCUGCCAGCCCCUGCGCUCCCUGCACCGGAGGAAAGACCGUUUUUAUGUCAUCCUGUCCUGGUUGAUGAGCCUCUUUUUCAGCGCGCCACAGAUGUUCAUCUUCUCCCUGAGGGAGGUAGGGAGCGAGGGGUCGGGCGUGUAUGACUGCUGGGGGGACUUCGUGCAGCCUUGGGGAGCCAAGGCCUACAUCACGUGGAUCAGUCUGACCAUCUAUAUCAUUCCUGUGACCGUCUUAAGUAUCUGCUAUGGAUUAAUAAGUUUUAAAAUAUGGCAAAACUUUAGGCUUAAAACCAAGCGAGACCACGGCAUUAACCUCACGCCCCGGAUCUCCAAGGCGAACGCCAUCUCCCGGGUGAGCAGCGUUAAGCUCAUCUCCAAGGCGAAGAUCACCACGGUCAAAAUGACCUUUGUGAUCGUGCUGGCUUAUAUCGUGUGUUGGACCCCGUUUUUCUCCGUUCAGAUGUGGUCUGCGUGGGAUCCAGCAGCGCCCAGAGAGGGUAAGUUGAAUUCAAUCAAACUACCCAUGUGUGCACCUUAGAUGAUACCAAUUGACAUUUGAAUAAACACCAUUUUAUCCGUGGGAGUUCCCGCGAACCACGUUCACCCUCGGUUUGUUUCUUCUGCGUGAAUGGCACUGGAGAUGGGUCGUGCGUCAUGAAUUGCUUUACGCACGGGAUUACGCAAGGAUACCGCCUACAUAUAUGGGAACGGUUGUUAUUUAUUCAAGGCUUAAUCGAUGAAAUCCAUUAUGCUACUCAAUGUACUCACAUAAAUAAAGACAUUUUGUACAAUGUCACCACUUUGGUCACGUGUUUGGCUCUAUAUGAGGUCACAGUCUUGGGACCAUCGAGGUCAUGUUUAAUAUGCUCCUUCACCAUUUGAA